AUGAAGAAGUCUUCCAUUCAUCUUUCUUCCAUCCUCGUCCUUUUUUUGACAAGCGCCCAAGUUGCAAGAGGAACACCCUUCCGACAUGGGGGCGCGCACUCAGCUGCAGAAAUGCGCCAACGAAACAAAAACUGGUGCGCACACGUUGUGCACAAGAACGUCAGUUGCGCAGUAGUGGGGGGUUCGGAAAGCUUCACCCAACCGGAGUUUCUGCCUUGUCCUCCGGAGAUGAUCAACUGUGCACCACAAGUCAUAUACCGUACGCACUUCAGGCCCACGUACAAGCUGGACUACAAGAUGGUGACGGAGCUACAGUGGAGGUGCUGUCCUGGCUACCAGGGUCACGACUGUAUGGAGGUGAAAAGCGGCACUAAGCUAAUGGAACGAAACUCGGCGCCGAUAGCCAUUGGACGCGAUCAGACCGAGCGUAUGGACCACCGGGCGAACCACCCGCAACAAGGUAGCGAUGCGCCCCAUCUGGAGGACGAAGUGCAGAGACUCUCCCAGAUGGUGCUGGACAUGCAGGCCAGGAUAACUGACAUGUCAUCCAACCUAAGGCAGGAUUUCCAGGAGGACGCUAGCAAGAUGCUUAGUGUUCUUCUGGGCCAGAUGGGGCAGACGGCUAGUGCCAGAGGUGCCGAGCCCAGAACUGUUGACUUGUUCUCCCUGGAUGAGCUGGGGAACAAGAUUAGCCUUCUGGAGAGCAGAAGUGACACCUGGAAUCAUCUGGAGGAACGUGUCAAUAGACAUGACGGGCAAAUCCAGCAUCUUAUGGAGGAACCUUCGACUAAUUCUGACUCCAAUCUGCGCGCUUACGUGGACGAGAACAUUCGCGCUUUGAGAAAAGAGCUAAUGGAGGGCAUGGAUAUCAAACUGGCCGACCUGAAAAACUCCUGUGACUACAAAAUCAUGUCCAUGCACCACGAGUGCGAGGACCAGGAAGAGAACUACCUUAGCCUGAUGGAGCUCAUGGACACUAAAGAAAGAGAGCUCCGCCAGCAAAUCCAGGAACUGAAGACUGAGCUGGAAGAAUCCAGAACAAGACAGGUUCCUGACUGGGUUGUCGACAAACUUCAGGAACUUGUGAAUUCGUCUACGGCAGAGCAGAACUUGAAUAGAAAGCAGGGAGAAGUCCUGAAGGACCUGAUGGAGAAGCUGAUCUUGAUAGAGGACCGAGUUUCUGAAACUAAACUCCAAAAUCCGGAAGCAGACUCUUUUCAAAGUUUGAAAGACACGGUGAAGGUCUUGGAACUUGGACUCUGCAAGGCAAACUUGUCAUUCUUGGAGAACGGUCAAAAGAUUGUUCUGGAGAAAAUUCAUGGCGUUGAGGGCCGUCUUCUAAACCUGGAGAACCGAUGUGGAGAACUGAAAGGUCAGGCGGGUGGACCGGACGAUCUGGAUCCUCACGGAGCCACAGUAGUCGGCGACCUGAGGCAGUUAGAGGUUGACGAGUGCAAGAAGCUACUAAAGGAAGUCGCGAAAGAUUUCCAGAAUCGGACAGAAUCAGGCGAAGCGGGACCCCCAGGUAGGAUGACGAUGUCAUCAAAGCUUCCCAAAGGGAUGCAUGGCAGCAUGUCACCUGUGCUCGGCUUUGCCGGAGCGCCAGCUAUCCCAGUAAAAGUCACUGAGCCACAACUGUACACUCUUCCUCCCAUCUCUGCAGAAGCGGUAGCAUGGCACAAAGACCAAAAGAUCUCCUUCUCUGCCGGGCUAACCCUGCCGCUCGUUCACGACAAGGCGGGCAUCAUCCGAUUUGAUGCAGUUCUGGUUAACGAUGGAGGCUACUACAACCCCGAAACAGGAUUCUUCACGGCACCCGUGGAUGGUCGCUACUUGCUGAGCGCCAUCCUCGCAGCCCAACCUGACACCAAAUUGGAGGCGUCUCUGUCGGUGGACCAACACGUCAUCCACAUGUUCGGUUCCAGAAUAGGCGCAGUCUCGGAGCCAUGUUCCAGCCUUUGCGCCCCCCCCUCACUCACCCUAGUGGUGCCCAUGAAACGAGGCGAGCAAGUGGCGCUGAUGUUAAUUGCGGGGAAGCUAGCUACAGGCCAAGUUCGUUCAUCCUUUAGCGGUGUCCUAUUAUACCCGUCUAGUCGGUAG